CACUGGCAAGAAAAAGACGCGCGCGCCAUUAAAAAAAUAUCGGAAAAUCGGCGGGAAAGUUUCGUGUUCUUUUGCGUUGAAAACUUCUUUUUUUUUGUUUUUCCAACAAAAACGUUGGUAGGAAUCUAGUUAGUGAAUAUUUGAAGUUCGUAAAAGCCUUUGAUGUUAUAAAUUACAGUGGUUUAUGUGAAGUGAAGCGAAAGUGGACAAUUUAGGGGUAAUUUUGUUGUGAGCAAUAAAGUGAUGAUUUUCAUAGGGUGAACAUUUGAAGUGAGUUUGUUUUUUUUUUACAAUGGCUGGUGAAGAUGCAGGGAAUGAAACCGUUAAAAAUGUAGAAGAAGAGGAAGGCACAGAGCUGGAGCUAGAGGCCCUGUAUCGGCGGUAUUGUGUGCGGCUGAAACACGCUUUGUUCGUGUCGGCUCUGUGCGUCACUCUACUCUGUAGCGUGGUGCUUCUGUGUGCUGUGUGUAUACUACAUUCGCACGAACUCGCCCAUCAAGUACUGUCCAUAGCUUCCCUGUCAGUAAUCACCUUCGUACUGUCUAUAGUACUGGCCCUAGCGUUGCUACCAGCUGCCGCAGAAUGGGAGGCCUUAGCUUUAGCUGGAUCUAUAUUGGUGACUGCCAGUAUAGGAGCUGGGACGUUAAUGGCGACCUAUCAUGCUCCAUUGCCACUAUUUGCACUUAUAUUGAUGGUGCACACAAUGAUGCCUAUAGCCAGAACGAUAGCUUUAGGCAUGUCUGCCGCCUUGACUGUGGCGUACGCGGGCCUCGCGUUGGGUUUGCGCCCUGACAGUGAAGAGGGCCAAUUUUAUCAGCAGUUGGUCUGCGAGAUCCUGCUCCUUUUAUCUUCCAACGGCAUCGGCCUAUACUACCGGGUGCUAACCGAGCGCGCCCACAGGAACACAUUCGCUGGCACCAGGACUUGUCUGGAGCAGAGGGUGAAGCUUGAGUGCGAGAAGGAACAGCAAGAGAGACUACUGCUUUCUGUCAUACCGGCCUAUAUUGCUGCUGAGGUGAAACGCUCAAUCAUGCUCAAGAUGGCGGACGCGUGCGCUGACAGCUCCAAGCAGACAAGGUUCCACGAGAUGCACGUACAGCGACACAACAACGUUAGCAUUCUGUAUGCGGACAUCGUCAACUUCACGCCGCUGUCGGAGCGGCUCAGCGCCUCGGAUCUGGUCAAGACCCUGAACGAACUGUUUGGGCGAUUCGACCAGAUUGCUCAGGAGAACCAGUGCAUGCGCAUCAAAAUCUUGGGGGACUGCUACUACUGCGUGUCUGGACUGCCUGUCUCGAGACCCAACCACGCGUAUAACUGCGUCAAUAUGGGCUUACAGAUGAUUGAUGCUAUAAGGUUCGUCCGUGAAGCGACUGGCUUUAACGUGGACAUGAGGAUAGGCAUCCACACCGGUAAUGUGUUGUGUGGAGUCCUGGGGCUUCGCAAGUGGCAGUUUGAUGUCUGGAGCGAUGACGUCACGCUCGCUAACCACAUGGAGUCAGGUGGCAUAGCUGGACGUGUUCACAUCACAAAGGCCACAAUGCUACAGUUGGGUGGAAGGUUCGAAGUGGAGCCGGGAGAUGGCGCUUCCAGGGAGGGGUAUCUGGCUGAUCAUAAGGUUGAGACGUACCUUAUUAUACCACCCAAGAAACCGUCAGGCUUUUGCGAGAACGGUCGCCUCUCAGUCACCACAGUGGACAGGAAGGCAAGCGUCGUGUCCUCAUUGUGCCAGGACGUGUCCCCGACCAGGACCAGAGACAACAUCAGUCCAGCUCCAUCGCAGCACAGUUUCGUUGAACAGGAACCAGUCAAAGUACUGAGGACGGAGUCAAUGAGAACUACUGGAGAUUUAAGCAGGCGAGCUUCAGUGAAGGUGGAAGGGAAAACGGUGGCCUUUGAAAGCGGCCCAGCCACUAGUCCAGGCGAGGGUCUAUCCAACGGCUGCGUCGUCGCCGUCAAGCCUAAGAGCCGAAGUGGCAGUAUCAUUGGUGCUAUCAGCCCUAUCAUGGGCACAGAAGAUCGUUCAAUCUCUGGUGAAUCAACUCCGACACCGUCAGAAGUGAUAGCACCAACACUAUUCUUUAGGGUGCUUAGUACAAUCUCAACCAGAACAGUUUCUACAGAAUCUUUAACAACUCCAGGCAUUCCGUCAAGGUCUCGUCCAUCCAGCAAGAUGACGAAAUACGUGGAAUGUUGGGGGGCCGAUAAACCCUUUGCAAACAUCACUGACUCCACGCUGGCCAAGAACAUUGGCAUCUCUAGCUUAGCGAUGAUCGAGCAGAACCUACUCCCUCAAAGGACAACGUGUUGCGAUUGCAGCAACAACUCUGAAGGGAUGAACCGAGUGACGCUCUGGUUCAAGCGAAGCACACAGGAGAGCCAGUACCGGAACCAGCGCGACGACCAGUUCAAAUACAAUGUGACCUGCGCAACGUUACUCUACUGUCUGCUGGCGUUCAUACAGAUGUUCACUGUGCAAACAGGAAUAUUCCUCUACGCAUCGUUCGGGCCGACGCUAAUCGCGUUGCUAGUGUUCGUGUACCUGUGUUGGUAUGACGGCAGGAUGUUGCGCAGAGGAAUGAGGCCCCUAUCAGAUGUUCCCGUGGAUGAUUUGUACGCUGACAACUGCACUAAACCCGAACAGGUCGUGGCUAGCAACCGAUUUAUAAGGCUCACGAUAUUUCUAGUCACAGUGUUGCUUAUAGGGGCGUGUGCUGUUAUCAACCUGUUUCAGAUUUCCAUCGUUCAAUUUAAUGUUCAGAGAAAUGCCACCGAUGUAAACUACACAGAUGACACGAAUAUCACACCAAUGUUUUAUUCAGAAAUGGAUGCACCACCUAGCUACAUCUACAGUUCGGUGCUGACAUUGGCCUCGAUCUCAGUGUUCCUGCACGUGGGCUUUGUCUUCAAGCUGGCCCUCAUGUUGCUGACUCUCAUCACACACAUAUCCUUGUUCGCCUCCACCGAAGUCUUCCAUAUGUAUCAGAUGUCGGAGUUAGAGUCCAAAUUCUCAAUGCUGCCCUACGCAACCAAAGCCGGGGUGGCUCUAGUAUUUGUGGCAGCAUUACUGCACAUUCUGGACAGACAGAUCGAGUUCACUUCUAGGACGGACUUCCUGUGGAAAGACAAGCUGAAAUCAGAGCAGGAGGAGGUUGAAACUAUGAGGGGGAUCAAUAAGAUUCUUCUGGAGAAUAUUCUGCCUGCUCACGUGGCCCAGCAUUUUUUGACAUCUGUUGCUUCGGAGGAGGAUCUAUACCACGAGCGGUACUCCACUAUAGCGGUUAUGUUCGCAUCAAUACCGAACUACAAAGAGUUCUACGACGAGACAGACGUCAACAAGCAAGGAUUGGAGUGCUUGAGGCUGCUCAAUGAGAUCAUUUGUGAUUUUGAUAAGCUCCUGUUGAAACCGAAGUUCAGCUGCAUCGAGAAGAUCAAAACUAUUGGAAGCACAUACAUGAUUGCGUCGGGUUUGAGGCCAGGCAAAGAAGACCAAACGGAUGCAAAUAGGAAAGAAGAACAUACUGUUGCAAUUUUAGUUGAGUUUGCUGUUGCUCUGAUGACGAUCUUGGAGCAGAUAAAUAGGGAAUCGUUUCAGAGGUUUAAACUAAGGAUAGGUUUGAACCACGGGCCGGUGAUAGCUGGCGUGGUUGGCGCUCAGAAGCCGCAAUACGAUAUCUGGGGGAACACAGUCAAUGUGGCUUCUCGUAUGGACUCCACAGGAGUCAUGGGCAAGAUCCAGGUUACUGAGGAUACCGCCAAAGUGUUGAUGAGCGCUGGCUACAACUGUGAGUGCCGUGGACCCACCUAUGUGAAAGGAAAGGGAACUUUGACUACUUAUUUCGUCAAAACUCCAAAUAUUGGAUAGAUUUUCUAUAAAUAGAUACUAUGUAUAAUAAUGAAAAAGUAUGUGUUUUUGAUUUUCUGAUUAAAAUGUUUGGUUGCUAUAAGAUGUCAAAUUAGAACAGUUUUAGAUGAGAUUUUCUUCAAAACUUUCAAAAUUGUCCGGUCCAGUUUUUCUCUUUUUAAAAUGACGUAGUUUUUUUUAUAGAUAAAAUAUUUAUUAAGAACUUUAGCAGCAAUGUACCUAUAUUCUUCACAGAUCUUAUAUUAUUUUCAUAUAGUAUAAAAAAAGACAUUUCUGACUAGAAUAAUUAUGGUGGUUAAUAUAAUUCUCUAAUGAUAUAAUUUAUAUUAUGGAAGGUACCUAGUAUAAUUUCUAAAUUCGAUAUAGCUGACCAGUAGGUUACGGGGUCUCAAAGUAAGUUGAAACUAAUUGUCUGGACUAAAAGUAAAAAAUAUGCGUAUACUUAAUACAGUGACAUAUUUAAUAAUAAUAAUAAUAACAUAUCCCAAGUUUUCUAAAAAUGUACACUCUAAUUUUAUAUUUGACUAAGUAUUUAUAUAAUAUUUUAACAAUAAUAAUUUAAUUAUACUUAUAAUGUAUUUAAAUGGCGGGCCUAAAUGUAUAAUAUUUUUUAUGCUAUGUAAGUACAAGUAGGUAUGAUAUUCUGAAAAAAAAAUUACUAAUCAUAAAAUUAUCAAUUUAAUCAUUAUUUUUCACUCUCAGUGUUCCUAGCUAUUUACGUAAUUUCGUUAUGUUAAUAAUAGCUUUGUAAUCAAAGACUUGUAUAACCUAAUUUAUAUUUGCCAAAGAUUUCAGCAUAAAUUAACAAAUUUAGAAGUAAUAUUUUAUCGCAACAGUUGUAUGUAAUUAAUUUUGUGUUUUAGUAACUAAUUAUAGUAUUAUUGCAGAGUGAUUAGGAUGUAAAUACUUUAAUUACUUAAAUUAGUUAGAUAUUUGCUGUAAGACGAGAUUAUUUUUGGAACAUGACAACAUUAGUAAUAUUCGCAUUUAAUUAAAAAAUAAAAGUUUAAUUUAAGUUAUUUUAAGAGGAAAAUCUAGGAAACAUUAUAAUUUUGAUUAAAUCAUUUAUAUUAUUACGUUUUUUAUACAAAAUAAAUCAAUUUCUUUAAACAUUUAUUCAUGUAGGCAGUAUAGCUAAUAAAUAAAUGUUUUUUUUUUUACAAAAAAAAACAUUUGAAGUAAUGUUGUGGAAAAAGUAAAUCCAUAAACCGUUAAUUUAUAUUUUCCUCAUUCGAAAAUAAAAUGUACUCAUCCAAUUCUGCGUGAUUUCUUUGUAAAUAUUUUUAUUGUCAUUUUGCUUUCCUUUUGUAUAUAAAACGAUAUUUUAACAAUUCUAUAGUCUUUGGAAAAUGCGGUGCUAAAUUAAUUAUUUAUAUUUUUGUGUGUGAAUAAUUUGCAAAUAUAAGUAUUUUUAAUAUUUUUUAAAUUUAAUUUAGAUUAGCAAGUUCCCAAUCAGUACUAUUGCUAUAAUAUUAUUGCCUAAAUUGUUUUUAGAGAUUUUCAAUUAAAUACUAUGUGCUCAUAAAAUGUUAUCGAUGUAUAGUUAAUAGGAAAUUAAAUUAUUAACAUCAUUAAAUGGUUAGUUAAAUAUUUUGCGUCGCAUUAUAUGAUAUAUAAAUCCUAAAAGGUCUGAAGAUUUUAUUUUGUAUAUAAAUAAAUUAUUUUGUUCGA